ACCACAGAGCACAAACAAGCGCAAAGAAAAAAGGAAAAAAGGAAUUAAAAUUAAAAAAAAAAAGUCUAUCUUUAUCAACCACAUCUCUCGAUUGAGCCCUAAAUUUUCUCUCACUUUCCCUCAUUUUGUCUUCCUUUAUUUCCUGGAAAAAAUGGCAAACGCAGCAUCAGGGAUGGCUGUGCAUGAUGAUUGCAAGCUGAAAUUCUUAGAAUUGAAGGCGAAAAGGACUUACCGCUUCAUAGUGUACAAGAUUGAGGAGAAGCAGAAGCAAGUUAUUGUGGAGAAGCUUGGUGAACCCACUGAUAGUUAUGAAAAUUUUACUGCCAGCCUUCCUGCUGAUGAGUGUCGAUAUGCUGUCUAUGACUUUGAUUUUGUCACAGAAGAAAACUGCCAGAAGAGCAAGAUUGUUUUCAUUGCAUGGUCCCCUGACACAUCAAAAGUGAGAAGCAAGAUGAUUUAUGCAAGCUCCAAGGACAGGUUCAAGAGAGAAUUGGAUGGUAUUCAGAUAGAGCUGCAGGCUACUGAUCCUACUGAGAUGGGUCUUGAUGUCAUUAGAAGCCGUUCUAAUUGAAUGUAGAUUAAUUGCGUGAGGUGGUGCAAUGGGAAACGCCAAUACUACAUGGUUCAGUUAAUGUAAUGUCUAUAUCUUUGGAGACUUUUAAAAAAAGGUUUAAUAUUGGGUGGUUGUUGGAGUUAUAAUUUUGAAGUCUUUUCUUCAUUUGUUAAAUCUGUGGAUUAAUGGGGUGGGUAUCCCCAUUGGUGUGAUAUUUACAGACUAAUAUACGAUGUUUUGUGGGGGUACAGAUCUCAAUUUAGCUUUUAUUGCUUGCCUC